UUGGAGGAAAAAUCUGGUCUGAGAGAAUCUACCUUCUGCUGCACACCAACAAGUACAAACCAAGGAUGAACUCCAAGAAUAUGCUGAAGAAAAGCCCAAAGGUGGUUGUAGUUGGAGCUGGGAUAGCCGGUGUGGGAGCUGCUGGAAAACUAAUAACACAGGGAUUAACUGAUGUUCAGAUUAUUGAGGCUUCAAGUCAACCUGGAGGGCGGAUCAGAGCCAGUCUGUUUGGUAAAUCAGCCAUUGAUGAAGGAGCCCAAUACAUUCAUGGGGCAAGCAUGAAGAACCCUAUUUUUCAACUGGCCAAAGAACAUGGCCUUUUAUGGGAAACGCACGAUAGAUCUGGCUCUGAAUUGUCAGUGCUUACUAACAUGCAGAAGCAGCUGGAUCCUGAUGUCAUUAAAGAAGUGAAGAAUCUAGCUAGCAGUAUACUGCGAAAUGCUCAUCUUCUUGCUGACCAAAAGGGAUAUACACAAGCGAAAAGCCUUGCUGAUGUCUACCUGGAGGAAGUCAAAAUGUUACUCACUCAAUGGGAUGGUGACCACAUUGACCUGAGAAGACAAAAGCAGGGUUUGCUGAGCAUGUUCAUGAAAUGGCAGUGUGUUCAUCUUGCAACAGAUGGGCUGAGUGAAGUAUCUGUACACGAAUAUGAAGAAUAUAAAAACAUCGACGGCGAUGACAGAAACUUUCAAGGGUUAUUCCCCACCUUGCUUCAGAAAUUGCUGGAGGCUAUUCCAAGAGAGAAGCUGCUGCUUAAGAAGCCUGUUAAACAGAUCCUGUGGAAUGGAAGUUUUGAGUCAGAGGAUGGUUCAAUGUAUCCUGUCAGGGUGGUGUGUGAAGACGGAGACCACAUUCUUGCUGAUCACGUCAUUUUUAGCAUUUCACUGGGUUGUCUAAAGGCUAAUGGUCAGUCAUUGUUCCAGCCAAGGCUUCCUGAGCAAAAAUUGAGUGCUAUUCAAAGCAUGGGCUUUGGGACAAUGAAUAAGAUUUACCUGGAAUACGAGGCCCCAUUUUGGGAUGAAAAUACAGACAUAAUUGGAUUGGUUUGGGAGGAGGAGACCCCAUUGUCAGGACAGAAACCCAAUCUGGCUGAGUGGUGGAAACGUGUUCCUGUUUUUCACGUGGUCAGACCAACAGAAAGAUAUGGGCACGUUCUUGUGGGAACAAUCUCUGGAAAAGAGGCAGAGUUUGUAGAAUCACUGAAUCUGCAAGAAGUGGCUUCAAGUUUCACUUGUCUUUUCAGACAAUUUACAGGAAGAUCUUCACUACCUGAACUAAAGAAUGUUUUUGUAACAAAAUGGUUCAGUAACCCUUAUACUCGUGGCUCCUACUCCCACAUAUCCAUCAAUUCAACUGGUGCUAUGAUAGACCUGCUGACUGAACCUCUACCACAGGCAACAGAGGGAAGUUCUUCUCCGAUGUUGCAGGUUUUGUUUGCUGGUGAAGCAACACAUCGAAGCUACCACAGCACCACUCAUGGAGCCCUGCUGUCUGGCUGGAGGGAGGCAACUCGAUUAAUUGAUCAUUACUCCACCAAAUGAAUCUCUAAAGUCGAAAAUCUGAAUCCAAAUACUUCAUUUAUUUGAUUUACUGCAUUAAAGAUUAAUCACGUUUUGUCUAAAAACCUUUCAAGGACAAAAGAGACAAUUUCAAGGAUAAAAAUCAGUUCUGCUUAAGAACAAUAUUUUAGACAUAGACCAAAUCUCACCAUGAAUUUUAACAUGCUCUUAAGCCAAAUAAAGCUAAUUACAAUUUAACUCAUCAUUUGUUCUAACCAAUUUGAUAUCAAAAGUAAUUCACAAAAUUGGAAUCUGGAAUAGUCUGCAAAAUGAAAAAUAUUAACAAGUCACAGAGCAACUGCAAGGUAUUCCAAAGGAAGAAUUAAUGCAUUUAGGAAUAAGCUUCCACAAGCAUAGUGACUUGUUCUUGUCCUUGAGUUUAAUGAUCAUAUAUUUGUAAUUAUUGACUUACAGAAUUUACAUUAAAUCAUUACCAAAUGAAAUUCUCAACUACUUAAAUUUUGGAUAUCCUGAUCUACCCUACUGUUUGUCAACUUUGAUCCUGCAUAUAUUUACUUGCUAAUGUGAA